CAAAUAAACCCACGACACGAUAACAGAGACGCAGUUUUCCGAGGAGCCACGCUUGUCAUCCACGGAGAGUCGCGCACAGACGCACAAUCGCAGUUUCAAUUCAGGAGGUCGGAGCUAAUCGGCUUUUUUUUUUUUUUUUUUUACUACAUGCGCAGUCCUGUUCUGAAUCACUCAUCAGCACGACAACCUGUGUUCACAUCCAGAGCCCGGUCAGCAUCCGCCGCUACUAGAGCCGAUCCCGGACAAGCAGCCAGGAGAUCCUCUCAAAGAGACACACCCUUCAAUGCAGCAAGUUCAGGAUAUGCAUGAGCAGUGAACCCUGAAGAACUUGACUGAAGGAUCCUUGAGCAGCACUUUUACACUUGGAUACAAAACCACACAGUCCGAGUCAACCUGACCUGAGCUGUCCAUUCCUGUUGGUUAGAUCUGUUCAGGCCAUUUAAGGCAGCUGAGCAGCCAUGGUAAAGCUGGGCAGUAAUCUAUCUGAUAAGCUGGAGAAGCAGCCAUCUGCAGAUGAUGGCUUUGAUAACAUCCCCCUCAUCACGCCCCUGGAGGUCAGCCAGCUUCAGCAGCCAUUGGCAGAAAAGGUCAUUGUGACGACAAAAACACAGUUUCAGCUGAAGCAGCAGCAGAGGAACAGGCUCUAUGUUCCCAACAUCAAGAAGCUGAAUAUCAACUUCUACAAUGAUGUCUCGGAUAAAGUUAAGAUCACAGGUCUGAUCCUCAUCACUCUGGCAUUUUUGACCAGCCUGCUCCUUCUCCUCAUGUACAAAGCCAUGUGGUAUGACCAGCUUACCUGCCCAGAGGGGUUUGUUCUAAAGCAGAAGCACUGCACCCCUGCAGCUCUGGAGAUGUACUACACUGAGCAGCAGCAGCAGGUGGAGGAACCAGGAGCCCACAGCAGCACCAAUACUGGGCUGUACGCAGCUCUCAGCCACCUCAACCAGGUCAAGGGGACUGGGGCCGGGCUGAUGUCACAGUGGUUGCCAGUAAUCAGGCAGGAGGCCGGGGAGGCCAAAGAAAGCAGCGAGCCUCAAAAAGAAGAGCUGGAGGUAGAAGAAUGAAGGAUAAAGUGAAGAAUGUAGUCAUAACAGCAGAAAAGUAUAGUGUGAAUGUGCAUAUGUGUGUAUGUAUACUUGUUCUUACAGGUAAUGGGGACCUUAACUUAACCGAAUGCCACCUUUUGGGGACCUGUUGUAUGAGUGAAGAUAAAAUAGAUACCCAAGGGAAUAAAGUGAUUUUUUUUUUUCUGGGGGAUAUCUGACCUGAUGACUGGUGUGAUGUUUAUUUAGAAUUAGCGAUAGUUGUGCUUAUGUGUGAAUUAUCCAACUCUUUAAAGCUAGAUAGACUAUUCCAAUCUGCAGCAUAGGUUCAUGUGUUGCAAAUUGUUGUGUUUAGAGACAGGAAUAGCUCUCACUUUUAGAAUGCAAUGAAAUGUCAAUGCAAAAAUGUGCCAUUACUAGAUUUGCAUGAACUCAUGUAAAUACCCCAAACUCUGUAAAAACAUAUAGAUAUAUAUGUAGUGGUUGCAUAUUUGCAUUCAUGAUUUUAUGUGUACAUGUCUACACCAUAUAAUGUGUCCUUAUGUGAGACAGUUUAACGUGAAAGUAAAGAGGCGGCGUGAGAAUUUCCAGUGAGAACUGAAAUUAACACAUUUUUAAUACGAUUGCUGUUAGUUUUGAGCCUUGUUAUCUUGCUAGUCUUGGAGCAGAAUGUUUUAAAUAAUGAAUGAAUGUGCUCCAAAAUUUACCGUUGAUAUAUUUCAUUUUCAUUCAUGUUAGGUGAGUUCAGAUUCUGUAAUCUUCCGAGCGUAAGUUACACUUUUGUACCGUUUAAGUCAGAGGAAAAUUUUAAAGAAUUGCCCUUGGGUUUCUUUUGCGAACUAGAGGUAGUUCCUUUUUAAAAGUUAGUUGUCUGAAAAAUAAAUUUUAUGCAGUGUUUAAUCAAUGGCACAACUAAAUAAGCAUCAGGUAAAGACCUGAUGAUCUCAGAGCCAUAAAAUCCACUUAAUUUGGCAAAUCAUGUGCUAGAUAAUGAUAUGAGCUUCUUACUGUGCUGUGAAUGUAGUUAUUUAUGUAUUAAUGCGGAUAAGAUUUAGAUCUAUAUAAAGCUGUAUCUUCAUGUCUGUUGGCUAAAUGUAAACACAAUGCAGCCAAGUGCCGUCUUUUGUUUUUGAUCCUGUUGGUUUAUAAAUGUUUUAUUUUUUUCUAAAAAUAGUAAUUUUUUUGUCAUAGAUGCAUAGAAUAAUACCCACAGUGUUAUGCCACUUGAAUGUGUAGAAUGUAUGAAAGUAGCCACUUCAAUCCUAGAUAUAGAGGUUAUUCCUGACAUAAUGUUUGUACUCAAAGUUUCAGUUGGUUUUCUGUAUUAAUUUAUCACACGUUAACGUACUCGCUCUAGCAAAUUUGAUUUUUACAAAAGCAAAUUUGCUAGAGCGAGUUUUUAUUUAAAUAAUAAAAAGGACACCAUUCAAAGCAAAUCUAAAGAUUGUUUUUAAAGAAAUAAACAACUCUUACUCAACA